CAUUGAUUGGCACUCUGAUGAUCUCUUCUGUUCACCUCGACGUGUAUGACUCCACGCGCAACUGACGUUUGCAGGGCACCUCUCAGAUCAGAGAAAAUUGAGAGAAUUCAUUCAUAAUCUCUCAUCGAGAUCAAUUAUAGCGUCAAAGUGCAGUGUCGCAGCCUCAAAAAGUUGAUUUGCCUAGCAAAUAAAUGAUAUCUGUGAUCUGUGCAUUUUAACCCAUCCAUCAUCUGCUUCAGUCAGGUAAUUCGUGAGGGCUAGAAUCAUGGUCAAGAAGAGUAGAGUAUAUACGGAAACCAAGGAAGAGCGUAUGGUGAUGACCAUUGGGGAAAUUAUUCAACAACUGCUGGUGGCACACCAAGAGGGAAGAGACAUUGAUUUGAACAAAUUAAAGACCAGAAUCUCUUCAAAAUAUGGUCUUGAAUCAUCCCCCAGACUUGUUGAUAUAAUAGCCUCCGUACCUUUGGAUGCUAAGAAAAUCCUUUUGCCUAAGCUCAAAGCAAAGCCUAUCAGAACCGCUAGUGGUAUUGCUGUUGUUGCUGUAAUGUGUAAGCCGCAUAGAUGCCCUCAUAUCAACAUGACAGGGAAUAUAUGUGUCUAUUGCCCCGGUGGACCAGAUUCGGAUUUUGAAUACUCCACUCAGUCGUAUACUGGUUAUGAGCCCACAUCGAUGAGGGCAAUACGGGCCAGAUACAAUCCUUUUUUGCAGACCAGACACCGUGUGGAACAACUAAAGCAAUUGGGCCACAGCGUGGAUAAGGUAGAAUUCAUUGUAAUGGGUGGUACCUUCAUGUCCUUACCAGAAGAUUAUAGAGAUUAUUUCAUACGAAAUUUGCACGAUGCUCUGUCGGGGUAUGUGAGCUCUAAUGUAGAGGAAGCUGUUAAAUACUCGGAACGAAGCAAGACAAAGUGUAUAGGAAUCACAAUAGAAACGCGUCCAGAUUACUGCCUUAAAAGGCAUCUCUCCGACAUGCUCAAAUACGGAUGUACCCGCCUCGAAAUUGGAGUUCAAUCUGUUUAUGAAGAUAUUGCACGUGAUACUAAUAGAGGACAUACUGUGCGGGCUGUUAGCGAAAGCUUCCAGCUUUCCAAAGAUGCAGGUUUCAAAGUUGUAGCACAUAUGAUGCCCGAUUUGCCGAAUGUCGAUAUUGAACGGGAUGUUGAACAGUUUAUGGAAUUUUUUGAGAACCCAGCAUUCCGAGCAGAUGGAUUAAAAAUUUAUCCGACCCUUGUGAUACGUGGUACUGGGCUCUACGAGUUAUGGAAGACUGGACGCUAUAAAAGCUACUCACCGAGUACUCUGAUCGACCUCAUCGCUCGUAUCCUCUCGCUAGUGCCUCCGUGGACUCGAGUGUAUCGAGUACAGCGGGAUAUCCCCAUGCCUCUCGUUAGCUCUGGUGUGGAACAUGGUAAUCUUCGCGAAUUAGCGCUGGCCAGAAUGAAAGAUUUGGGAACAGAUUGCAGGGACGUCAGGACUAGAGAAGUGGGAAUUCAAGAACUUCACCAUAAAGUACGUCCAUACGAAGUUGAGUUGAUCCGUCGCGAUUAUGUCGCCAACAAUGGUUGGGAGACCUUCCUCUCCUAUGAGGAUCCUACUCAGGAUAUUUUAGUUGGACUACUCCGACUUAGGAAAUGCUCCAAUGAAACCUUCAGGUCUGAAUUGAAGGAAAGAUGUUCGAUAGUCCGUGAAUUACACGUUUACGGAAGUGUAGUCCCUGUAAGCGCGAGGGAUCCAACGAAAUUUCAGCAUCAGGGUUUUGGCACGCUGUUGAUGGAAGAGGCUGAACGCAUUGCCAAGGAGGAGCAUCAAUCUCGCAAGAUUGCGGUCAUAUCAGGUGUCGGAACACGCAAUUAUUACCGGAAGAUGGGCUACGAAUUGGACGGGCCGUACAUGUCGAAAAUGUUGAUCUGACAUUGAUUCAACGCGCUCAAAACCGAUUGAUUUUUACUAACAAUAAGUUUGGUCAUGACUCUUGAUUCACUCAGGCUGUACUGAUGAACCUAAACUUUACGUGUAACGAACUUGCGAACUAUGAUAAAGUAGCUGAAACAUUUUA